UCCCGGAGGAGCACUUGACUGCUUGCUACCUGUCGGUCGGGGGAUCCUGGCCGCCAUGGUGUCAGACGAAGAUGAAUUGAAUCUUCUGGUUAUCGUAGUUGAUACCAACCCAAUUUGGUGGGGAAAGCAAGCAUUAAAGGAAUCUCAGUUUACUUUAUCGAAAUGCAUAGAUGCUGUGAUGGUACUGGGAAAUUCUCAUUUAUUCAUGAAUCGUUCCAACAAACUUGCUGUGAUAGCAAGUCACAUUCAAGAAAGUCGAUUCUUAUAUCCUGGAAAAAAUGGCAGACUUGGAGACUUUUUUGGAGAGCCUGGCAACCCUUCUUCUGAAUUCAGCCCCUCAGGGAGCAAGGACGGGAAAUAUGAGUUGUUCACAGCGGCGAAUGAAGUUAUUGCUGAAGAGAUUAAAGAUCUCAUGACCAAGAGUGACAUAAAGGGUCAACAUACAGAAACGCUGCUGGCAGGAUCCCUCGCCAAAGCUCUUUGCUACAUUCAUAGAAUGAACAAGGAGGUUAAAGAUAAUCAGGAAAUGAAAUCAAGGAUUUUGGUGAUUAAGGCUGCAGAAGACAGCGCGCUGCAGUAUAUGAACUUCAUGAAUGUCAUCUUUGCAGCACAGAAGCAGAAUAUUUUGAUCGAUGCCUGUGUUUUAGACUCGGAUUCAGGACUCCUCCAACAGGCUUGUGACAUCACGGGGGGACUGUACUUGAAGGUGCCUCAGAUGCCGUCCCUUCUGCAGUAUUUACUGUGGGUUUUUCUUCCCGAUCAAGAUCAAAGAUCUCAGUUAAUCCUCCCACCCCCCGUUCACGUGGACUACCGGGCAGCUUGCUUCUGCCAUCGAAAUCUCAUUGAAAUUGGCUAUGUCUGUUCUGUGUGCUUGUCAAUAUUCUGCAGUUUCAGUCCUAUCUGUACCACGUGCGAGACAGCCUUUAAGAUUUCUCUGCCUCCUGUGCUGAAGGCCAAGAAAAAGAAACUGAAAGUGUCCGUGUGAUCAUACGACCCCCCCAGUCUCUCAGAGCCUAUUAAUAAAAAUUGUAUGGUGGAAUGUUAGGAGGAGGCCCUGAAAAAAAUACAGUGCGUGUGGGAUAAUUUUGAAUGAAGUUCCUUGCAGGAAAGACUUCUAGACCAUUAUCCUCAUGCUGUGCUUUUGGGGGACUGCUUUAUUUGAGGGGGUCAUUCUAUGCAAUCUUUUCUGACUGGUUUUUGUCCACAGAGGGAGAAGAAAGCACAAAUUAGUGACUUUUUUUUUUUUUUUUUUUAAUGAGAUGCUCAUUUUGCCAGUCAGCCUGGCCUGACUCAUUGUAGGCUUUUGACUUUGUAGCUGAGUCUGGGUUCUGCCUGUGAAAUGUACAACCGGUGAAAUUUGAGCACAGUUUUGGAGAAAGCAACCACGCAGUAAUGGCGUUAAUCCACAUAGACCAUCUUCCUUGAAUCAACAGCUGACUUUGACGAUAGUCCUGUAAAUAUAAUGCUUAUUGUCUAAGUUGAGAUUUAGCUUCAGAUACUAGCAGAUAGUUUUGUUUUUGUCGGACAUCACUGCGCGUUCGGACGUAGUCAUCCACAUAAUAACUGUCUGUCGCUGCAUAAGUACAAAGUCUGAUCUUGAGUGAGGAGAGAGGGUGCAGUACUCUGGCAACGACCUUCUCUUCAGAGGUAGUUGUGUGAAGAGCUUAUGUGUGAAAGCCGGUGUCUGGGUUUGGAGGGGGAAUUUCUUGGUGGAGAAUGGAUUCUUUACGGUUCAGUACUGUCCCCCAGAUAGAAUUCUUUAAUUUUGUAAUGAGGAAAAAAAAGCAUUAAUGUUGGAGAACUGUUCUCUAGAACAAGUGCAACAGGUUCAAAAGAAAAAUUAUCUGUAAUUUCAACAAGAAAAAACUUAUUUUUCUAUGUAACCUCGAGGUUAUUAGAAGUCUUUUCAAAUUCCAUCACAGAAGAGUUUUCAGGAAUGGUGGCUGGUUUGGUUUGGUUUUAAACGUAUAUUGACAAAAACCCAUUUGUGUACACAACUUUGUAUGUAAGUAAGAUUUUAAUUUUCUCUUUCUACCAUCUCCGAAGCUGAGUCUCAUUUAAGUAAUUUGGUAUUUGGUUAGAUGAUUUCAGGUAGAUUUUGUACUUUGGAUUUAUAAUUUUGUUAAAUUCACACAGGUUUUGGUUAUAAUUUGGCAAAUAUUUGUUAAUCCUUGAGUUUGAGAAUCUUAUUUGUCUUUUAGAAAUAAUAUUUAAUAUUUCACAGCCUAAGUGUAAUGGAAAUCACUGUUUUAAGUCUAGGAAGUCAUCAGAUAUCUAAAAGAUGAAGAAUUUCAAAGAAGCUGAUCAGGUUCUUGUUACAAUUUUUUUGUUUGAGAUGUUUUGUGUACUGGCUUAAUUCUGCUUAGGUUUUAUUUUUAACUGUUGUGUUUAUGGUUUAUAUAAAUUUUUAUAAUAAAAUAAUUUAAAUUUUCA